AUGCUAUGUCAUCAAAUAUUACCGACAAGAAAAGCACAACUUACCCCAGCAACUAAUCCUCACCCAUUACUCACUUUACCGUUAAUACGAACAGAAUCUGUUCGAUCCUCAUAUUCAUCUUUUCGACAUAAAAGAAAUAGAGGGGAUAAUAAAAGAAGAAAUGCAUCAAAAAAAAUAUACAUUAACAAUAAAUUUCGAAAUCUUUGGAUUAAAUUACGGACUUCUGCUGCAGGGACAUCAGAAGAUGCAACAACGACGACAUCCAUAACACAAAUUCAAAGUUCUCCGUUCAAUGCGUCCUCUAAGAAAGUGACAUCAGUGUUGAAGUUUUCGAGACAUAUCCGUAAAAAUAGUGUGGAUGAUGAAUCACAGCGUGAUCAAAUUAGUGGUAGUAGAAUAGUAGUGGUUGACGAUAUUAAUGAGGAAAAUAUUCUUGGUGUCAAGUCAGCCGCAUUCUUUGAGUCUAAUCUUGAAGAUUAUGAAACUGAUGGGAGUGUAUUAGUAAGGGAGGAAAAGGAAAAAACUAAAGAAGAAAUUGAUAUAGUUAAAAACAUUAAUCAUACUGGCAGUGUCACUUCAACGUCAUCAUCUACUUCUAGAGUUAUAAUUCCCGAGAACUGGAAUAUAAAUCAAGAAGUGUCAUUGAUCGAAAGACUCGCUACUUCUCCACGUCGUUCUUCAGAACCAGAGAUUCUUCUUAAGAAAGGUCGAUUCACAAUUGUGCGUGAAAGUAUUGACGAUAAAAAAUUCCUUUCAUCUCCAUUAGCCUCAAGUUGUUAUAAUAGUAAUGAUAAUGCUCGUAUUCCAAAAACUAUUGGUCCUUCUGCCUUCACAUCGAGCUCAACAAACGCACAAACACCAAUAAAAUCUACGAGUCUGCCAGAACCACUUCAAUCGAAAAAAUUAUGCGAAGAUUUAUUAAUUAGACCAGUGAAAAGCCAUACAAAACUUAUUACAAAAAACGAGAUUCCAAAAUCGUAUCCCACGUCAUCUUCGUUCUCGUCACCGUCACCAAAAAUGCUUGAACAUUGUAAUAGAAAAACACAAAAACCCUCUAGCCUUGUAAAUAUUAAUACACCUCGUUCUCAUUCACCACAAUUUGCGCCAAUUGUAAAUAAUGACAAUAAAAACACCUAUAACUAUACCUCCAAUAAACAAAAACUUAUGCAAACUCAGAAUAAGCUUAGACCGUCCUCCUUAAAUCAACAACAAUAUAUGCAAAAAGCGAAUCCAAAACUUCCUCAUCUAUUACUAAGUCGACCAUCAUCUUGUCCUUCAUCAUUACCAGAUAAGACAACUACAAUGACUGUUAACACUCAAUCCGGUAGGGUUUUUGAAGUUGGCAAUUCAUCAUCUUCCCAAUCUAGCACGGGUUCUUCGAAUUCAAAACGAAGAAUUUUUCUUGUGGAAACGUUUGAAUAG